UUAAAAUCAUCCAUUCGCAUUUAUCGUAUUUUAAACUUAAUCCAUAUUUAUUACAUGUUUAAAUUAAUAUUUUGCAGUAUUAUCAAAUUUAAUGAGAAGGAGUUGUAUGAUAAAAACAUGUUGCUAGGUCGUCCGCAUAAAAUAAUUCAAGUAAUUCAAAAUUAAUUUACUCAUUAACUUCUUUAAAUAUUUAUUACAAUGCAUAGAUAAAUAUUAUGGGAGACAAAAUAGAGCUUUGCAGACAUCCUUUUCUAAUUUCAAAGCCAUUUACAGUUAUUAGACUAUAUAACCAUUUUAUCAUAUCUAAUAAGUAUUAGGGAAAUCCUUAUUUUUUCAAUAAGUUAUUAAACAUAAGUUCCUAAUUUGGUGAGUCAAAGGCUGAUUCAAAGUCGAAAAAUAUUAUUACUGGAUGUUAUUGUUUUUCAUUAAGUUAAUUUUUUGCCCAUGUAAUUAAUCUAAGAAUUUAAAUUGUUGUGUUUUUUUUAUUUGUAAAUCCAGAUUAAUUAGUUUUAAUUUUUUCUAUUAUUUAUUGUUGUACUAGCUAUUUAAUAUGGUUUAGAAUAGAUUUUUCUAUUACUUUAACAAAAAAUGGUAGGAUAGUAAUGGGUCUGCAUUAUUCGAGUUAUAAUUCUUUUUCUUUUUUGAUAAUAUAGAUUUGUCUUGCUUUAAAGUGAUUUAUAUAUUUUAGCGGAUAACUUAUUAUGUUUAAUAUUAUUUGUUUAAGUUUUCAUCAAUAAUUAUCUUUUAUAUUUUAUUUUUUUACUAAUUUUUUAAUAUAACUAUUGGUUUGACUAUUUAAUCAUUUAUUAGAUCUUCUGUGUAUGCUUUGUUUUUCGAUAAUAAUUUUAAAUUAAUGUUAUCUAUAAUAAUAUUUUUUUAUUAAUUAUUUAGAUUCCAAACAUUCUAUUUAUUUUAUGGAUUGAUAGGGCUGUUAUAGUGAUUAUGAAAAUAUUUUGUUAGUAUUUCUAUUUAUUGUGAUAUUUAAUAUAUUGGUUCAUUAUUUUAAUCAUAUAAUUCAGUUUAUUUAAAAAUUAAUAUUUAAUUGUUCC